AUGGCUUUGUUGUUAUUACAAUGUGCAUUGUUGGUCACACUGAUGUCCACGUAUUCUAAUGCUAAUUAUGCAGAUAGUUAUAGAACGGCAUCAAGACAAAAUGCCGACUACAGUGGACUUGUUAAUGACAGAAAUGUUCAAACACAAGGUUCAUCGUCGUUCGUAGGCCGUCCAAUUUCCUUCGACAAUGUACGAAAAAGCAGCAUUCCAAUGACACCACAAUAUAAUUUUGCAGUAAAGGAUGAAAUUCAACCAAGUUCCGCUUAUGGUCAGAGCAGCAUUUUGAACUUUGAUCAAAGACGACCAAUUCAAACAUUUCCAACAACUGGUUAUGGUCAAAUGAGUGUGAUGAGUUUUGAUGAAAAACCAAUAAUUCCACAGACACAAGGUCCAUCCCCAUGUUCGUCUGCAACGAUUGGUCAACGUCUACCAAAUCCAGCUGAUAGAAGCAGCUACAUUGUCUGUCUUGAUAAAAUACGUUAUGAAAUUAUGUCAUGUCCAAUUGAAUUAGUAUUUAAUGACGCACUCGAUCAAUGUGAAAGAGUUACAGAUGAAGAAGCUGUGUGCAAAGAAAAUCCUUGCAUGAAUGGUGGACAAUAUUAUGCAACAUCACCUCAAACAUUCAAAUGUACGUGUUUGGAAGCGUUCACUGGUGAAAGAUGCGAAGUACCGAUUGGUAGUUGUGCAAAACAACCAUGUGGGCCAGAUGCUGAAUGCUGGACAUUGAGAGCCGAAGAUUAUCCACAAGAUUAUGUAUGCCUUGCAACAACAGACGAAGAAAGUCGUGAAUUCGUCCAAUAUUAUCCAUUUGCCUUUAGUAAAUAUGCCUAUCUUCAAUGCAAUGGUGAAAUCACUCAUUUCAAACCAUGUCCAUCUGGUUUAUUGUGGAGUCAAGAAGAAAACGCUUUUCAGUCAAUUGAAAAACGACUAGAUAUAACUCCACAAUGGUCUGGUUAUGAAUCCAGCAUGUUGAAAGUAAAUGUUCAAAAUGAUCGUCCAAUCACACAAUCCAUCCAAUCUUCAUAUCAACAACAACCAUUGAAUACAUUAGGAUACUCGAAUCAACAAAUUGUCGGCAGUGGUCAAAUAGACCAACAAGUUAGAGUUCAAUUAACGCUUGCUGAUCAAAUAUGCGAAGGACAACGACCUGAGACUGUUAUCCCUCAUCCAGCUACAACAAGAAAAUUCAUCGUUUGUCUUGAUAGUUCAAAAGGAGCCGAAUUAUCAUGUCCAGAUGGUUUGCAUUACAGUACCGCCACAGCUCGAUGCGAAAGAAAAGCGGGCCAGACUGAAUCACCAUGUGCAUUGAACCCAUGUCUCAACGGUGGUCGAUGCGUUGAAGAAGGUUCAUCAUACAGAUGUGACUGCCCACAAGGAAUAGGUGGCACACAAUGUGAAUUGGAUGUAAGUGCUUGUCUUCAGAAUCCAUGUGGUCAAGGACAAUGUCAAAGUUUUCGAUUUGGUGCUGCUUUAACAUACGUCUGCAUUUGUCAAGGUGAUACAUAUGGUCCAUGCUGUCAGCAAACAUUACCAGAACCAUGUCGAGUAGAUGAUACACUUCCAUUGGGCUUCAGUGACAAAGGUUUUAUUAUGUGCGAUGGUGACCGAUUUUUCGUCGAAACUUGUCCAGGUGGUUUAAUUUGGAAUAAUGGUGAAAAAGCAUGCUCAUGGCCUGGUGUUCAAAUUCAGGUCCAACAUCAAUCGGAUUACUAUUCAAAAGGCAACAUUCAAGUGCAACCAGCCUGGAAUGCAUAUUCAGUUCCACAAUACUCGAAUCAACGACCAUCACUUGACUUAUCAAGUCAACGAAACAGUGGUCAUGGAGAGAAAGCACUUGGAGAACAACCACUUCAUAGACGAAAACAUCAUAAACUCGUCCAAAAAGAAAAAUUAUUUGAUGAUGUGACUUCCUAUUCAAGUCAACAACAAGUGCCCACAUCUGAACUAUCCUAUGGUGGUAGUCAAGUUCAGCCAUUAGCCGAUAUCAGCAUUCAGCAACCAUUUGUCAGUUCUGGAUACGGUUUAUCAAGUCAAUUCAAACAAAGUGCCAUGCGAUUAUCUAAUGAUCUCGUUCGCACAUCAAAAAGUCAGUAUGGCAGACAACAAUCUUAUGGAAGUGGUCAAGUCCAGCCGUUAGUCGAUAUCAUUAAACACUAA